AGCGCGCCUCAAGCAUCAUGAAGUAAUAAUUGUGUUUAGACGAGUCUACAUUUAUACAUUUGAAAAGGUUGCAUUGUUGUCGUCAUCUUCCGAGCAUGCGCAGUCGGCCGUGAAGCAUGCGCACCAUCUUUUCUCUGCCGCUGAAGCAUGUUUGGUGCGUGCGCGCGCACCUUGCUCCACUGUCUCGCGCGUGGGGUCCAGAGCUCCGAGAGCCGCGAUCCACGACGUCCUCCACUUGGAACUGUCGUCGUGGAAACAGCUGGCGGGAAAAGACUCCCGUCCCACCGGCCGUCAGCGCGUCUCGUGAAGCUCACGCGCGCGUGUGUUUUUUUUUUUUUUUUUGUAACUUUUUCGGCCAGAGACUGCUUGGCCAGCUGCAUCGCGAGGGGAUGAAGGCGAAGUGCAUUUCCUGUCAGCUUGCAUGCUUGUUGCACAUCUGGAUGAAGGGAAGUGGUCAUGUUGCUAAUUGAGGGCUUUAAUAUUCCCACUUUUAAUGCUGCCUGCGAGGUCCACGCCAUUCACGUGGGGUCUCUCUGGGGAAGAUGUUUUUCUUGAUCUUUUUUUAAAGUAACUUAAACUAUGUUUUUUCUGGAUGGGAAUUGUUCUCAAGGAAUGGAGCGAGGAAUGCCUCAGAAGAAGAUAGUGUACUGCAUAUCCCUCACGCUAGUGAAGAAAGAGACGUUGGAGGACGGCGGCGACGUAUUGGAUUCUCAGCUGGUAAAAAUCCCCAAGCUGGGGGCCUUCCGGCGGGAAGCCUCACUGGAAGCCCAGCGCAGCGUAUUUCUGGAAGAAGUGCAGGAAGCGGAGGUCGAGUCAGAUGACUUGUCAGCACAGAGCUCCAUGAGGAACUUCAGGACAUUCAGCACAGGCCAGCUGGAGUUGAGGAGGCUUAAAUUCUCUCGCAAGCAACAGAGGUGUCAGGAAUCACAGUCAUCUGACAAACCUGAGGAACACAUUUGCACCAAGACAAACUCUGCUAGGAAUGUAGUGAGUAGCAGCGUGAUGAAGAUGAAGACACUUUUCAAGUCAAAGAGUUUGGAAAAGAGGAGUCCUGAGUCGCUAGACCAUGGUAAGCUGACGCCAGCCUUCAAUGGGCUCACAACCACAUGCUCACCUCAGCUGGAGCCUGGCCUGCUGCGACGCAGCUUCAGCUUCCGACACUGGACGAGCAGUGAUUUGCUGCGUCUGCACGCGCUCACAAAGGACAAACACCACAGCAGUUCUGGCUCUAUCGGCCAUGAUGCUGCAUCUAAAGGGCAGAAGGUCACACAAGUUGACGCUGAGCUCCGGAAACCUGCCAACCGCCCUCAUGCUGGCACGAGACAGAAAAGCCAGACGUUGGAGGUCGGUGCAAUCCUUAACAAGACAGACUCCAUGUCUGAGCUCAGCUGUGUUAAGAAUCGCACGCUGGACAACAGCGACUUGCAGCUUCUGGCUGCACAGAGGGAUGGCAGUGCGCUACUACGGAACGGAGAAGAGCGUUCGGGUGAGAGGCGGCUCCUGCGGUUCUUCAGUGGCAUCUUCUCCCGCAGGGACGAUACCUCUACCCUCAUACCAGCAGGAAGCCCGAGCAAAAUCAGAUCUCUGCGCCAGAGGAUAUUGCCUUUGCAGUCCAGCACAGAAAACGUGAACGGAGGAAGCCCAGUUGAUGCUUUUGUGAACAGCCAGGAGUGGACUCUCAGUCGCACCGUGCCAGAACUCAAAGUGGGCAUUGUGGGUAACCUGGCCAGUGGAAAGUCAGCACUGGUCCACAGGUACCUUACAGGAACAUACGUCCAGGAGGAGUCGCCUGAAGCUGACGUGGAUGCAGGUGGACGCUUCAAGAAAGAGAUCGUGGUUGAUGGGCAGAGUCACCUGCUGCUCAUCAGGGAUGAAGGGGGUCCGCCCGAGGCUCAGUUUGCCUUGUGGGUGGACGCAGUCAUCUUCGUCUUCAGUCUUGAGGAUGAAAUCAGCUUCCAGACGGUCUAUCACUACUUCAAUCGCUUGGCCAACUACAGGAACGCUGCCGACUUGCCCUUGGUUCUAGUCGGCACGCAAGAUGCCAUCAGCUCAUCAAACCCAAGGGUGAUCGACGACAGCCGGGCCAGAAAACUUUCCAACGACCUAAAGCGCUGCACCUACUACGAAACCUGCGCCACCUACGGCUUGAAUGUGGAACGAGUCUUCCAAGAUGUUGCUCAGAAGAUCGUGGCCAUCAGGAAGAAGCAGCAGCUGUCCAUCGGCCCGUGUAAAUCACUGCCCAACUCCCCCAGUCACUCCUCCGUCUGUGCCACCCAGGUGCCCAGCGUCCAGGCCAGCCAGACGACAAACGGCGGGGGCGGUUUGAGUGACUACUCCUCAUCGGUGCCGUCCACGCCGAGCACCAGCCAGAAGGAGCUGCGCAUCGACGUGCCGCAGACCACCAACACGCCGACGCCCGUCCGCAAGCAGUCCAAGCGACGCUCCAACCUGUUCACCUCGAGGAAGGCCAGUGAGACGGAGAAGGAUAAGAAAAGCCUGGAGGCUCGAGCCGACAGCAUCGGCAGCGGGCGAGCCAUUCCCAUAAAACAGGGUAUGCUGCUGAAAAGGAGCGGCAAGUCUCUCAACAAGGAGUGGAAGAAGAAGUAUGUUACUCUCUGCGACAAUGGGCUGCUUACCUACCACCCCAGUCUACAUGACUACAUGCAGAAUGUCCACGGUAAAGAAAUCGACCUCCUCAGGACCACCGUCAAGGUGCCGGGGAAACGGCCCCCACGGGCUGUGUCUACCUGUGCAGUUAUGCCCAGCCCAAAAAGCAACGGUUUGACCAAGGACAUGAGCAUCCUGCAACUCGGACAGACUCCAGGUGAGGUUGAUAUCUAGACCACACCAUCGUGG